AGUAUCGACCCUCACAUCUCUGGUCUGGUGAGGAGUAUCGAUAUUUGUGUAUCGAUACAUCCCUACUGCUCCUCGCUCGUCUUCUCUCGUCAUGGCCGCCGCUCCGGACUCUCUCCUCUACCUGGGCCUGGAUUUCAGCACGCAGCAGCUGAAGGUGGUGGCCAUCGAUGAAAACCUCAGCGUGGUUUAUCAGAACAGCGUCCAGUUUGACUCCAAGCUGCCUGAAUUCAGGACUCAGGGAGGAGUUCAUAUCCAUGCUGACAGACUGACAGUCACCUCACCUGUACUGAUGUGGGUCAAGGCUCUGGACGAACUGUUGGACGAGAUGAAGAGGACGGGGUUUGACUUGUCCCGUGUCAGAGCGCUGUCAGGCAGCGGGCAGCAACAUGGCAGCGUGUUCUGGAAGACGGGGGCGUCUCAGACCCUGAAGCAGCUGAACCCAGACCAGACCCUGAACCAGCUGCUGCAGGACAGCUUCGCGGUGAAAGACAGUCCAGUGUGGAUGGACUCCAGCAGCAGGCAGCAGUGUCAGGACCUGGAGGCAGCAGUAGGGGGCGCUCUGAGACUGGCAGAGAUCACCGGAUCCAGAGCCUACGAGCGUUUCACAGGAAGUCAGAUCUCUAAACUGCGUCAGAUCCGAGUGCAGGACUUUUUGGACACCGAGAGGAUCUCAUUGGUCAGCAGCUUUGCAGCGUCUCUUUUCCUCGGUGGUUACGCUGCCAUCGACUCCAGUGACGGUUCAGGGAUGAAUCUGUUGGACAUUGGGACCAGGAACUGGUCUGAGAUCUGUCUGGAAGCCACUGCUCCUCAUCUGGACCGACUGCUGGGAGCUCCUGUGCCCUCAACAUCUGUGCUGGGUCCCGUCUCCUCCUACUUUGUGCAUCGAUACGGUUUCUCAGAAGGCUGCAGAGUGGUGGCUUUCACCGGAGACAAUCCAGCAUCUCUUGCAGGAAUGCGGCUCCAUCAAGGAGACAUCGCUGUGAGUCUGGGUACCAGUGAUACAGUGUUUCUGUGGAUCCAGCAGCCUCGUCCGGCCCUGGAGGGACACGUCUUCUGUAACCCCGUAGACCAGGAAGCCUACAUGGCUCUACUCUGCUUUAAGAACGGAUCUCUGACCAGAGAGCGCGUCAGGAACCAGAGCGCUGGAGGAUCAUGGGAACUGUUUUCUGCUGCUCUGAGAGACACGCCGCUCGGAAACAACGGAAACAUCGGCUUUUAUUUUGACACCAUGGAGAUCACCCCCUCUGCUGUGGGCGUCCAUCGCUUCGACUCAAACAACAGUGAGGUGUCCUCCCUGAGUCCAGAAGUGGAGGUCCGUGCCCUGGUGGAGGGUCAGUUUCUGUCCAGGAGGCUUCACGCUGAGCGGCUGGGAUACUCCAUCAUUCCAGGAACCAGAGUUUUGGCCACAGGAGGAGCUUCUUCCAAUAAAGAGAUUCUUCAGGUUCUGUCUGAUGUGUUCAACGCUCCGGUUUACACCAUCGAUCUGUCCAACUCCGCCUGCCUGGGCUCAGCCUACAGAGCUCUGCACGGUCUGGUAGCCGAGUCUGGAGUCUCCUUCUUUGAUUCGGUGAAGAAGGCGCCGGAGCCUCAGCUGAUGGCAACUCCUCAUCCGACAGCGAAGCAGGUGUACGACCAGAUGUUGACGCGCUUCGCUCAGCUGGAGGAGAGAGUUCUGCAGAAAACCAGCUCCCAUCAGAUCAGCUGUGGAUGAGAUAUUACAUGAAAUGAACCACAGACCUGAAGAUUUACAUGUGAUCAAGUGAAAUCAAUUAGAAGCAGGUUCAUCAUCUCCAACCAUGAAAGUUCAGCCUCACUUACAUGUUAAAGGUUGAUCCAACAAACUACAACUUCCUAACACACAGAUACCACAGCGCCACCUUCAGGAGUCCAGCCUCACCGGGUCAGCGCCUGCACAAUGUUAGGCAGCUGGUUCUAAUGUUAUGGCUGAUGGGUGUACUGACAGAUAUGACUGGGGUCAGACUCUCUGGUCUUUAUCUUCUCAACGAGUCAAGUUUGUACCGUCUCAGAUGUAAUUAAAUGUAUGAUCUUAAUAAAUUAAAUUCUUGUGCCGGA